AUGGAUAAAAUUGUACAACGGCAAAAAGCAUGCUUCAAUCUAUUGCUACUCACGUUAUCAAACUCGUACAUACACCCUGACGAACACUUCCAGUCAUUAGAAGUCCUCGCAAACAAGAUACUCGGCUAUGAAACGAAUAUACCAUGGGAAUUUACCGACUCUUCACCCGCUAGAAGCUAUGGUCCGUUGCACAUCGCAUACGCCCCAAUAUUAUACACUGUUCGAGAAUUAAACUUGGACUUGUCACCGUUGCAAAUAUGGUACAUACUUCGAUUACAAAAUUGUCUCGUUAGUUGGUUGGUUACGGAUUUCUGUUUGUACUGGAUGCUACCCAUCAAACACGAACGAAUCAAGGCAGUAUUUUUCACCCUGACUUCGUUUGUUACUUUAGUGUUUCAAAACCAUUUGUUUUCGAAUAGUGUUGAGACGAUUUUGUUGGUAUCGGCGAUAUACAUUAUUGAUGACUUGAGAUACAUUCAAGAAAAUCCAGAUUUGCAUUCUGUCAAAAAAACUUCUUCGUUGUUUGUGUUGGGAGUCUUAGUGUCAAUUGGAGUCUUCAAUCGAAUUACAUUUCCUGCCUUUUUGAUCCUACCUGGUUGGUAUGUGGUCAAGUACCUUACCUGUCAUAUACCCUCAAUCGUGCCAUUAGCAUUGGGCUUUCUUGUACCGUCCCUUGCAUUUGUGUUAUUUGACACUUGGAUGUAUGAUUCCAAAGAGUACGUGAUAACUCCCAUGAACAACUUGCUUUACAAUUCAAAUGUGGAAAACUUGAAAUCACACGGUUUGCAUCCCUUGUACACACAUUUCGUUGUCAAUUUGCCGCAGAUUCUUGGUCCCGGUUUGUUAUUCUUGAUCUCGAAAAGAUACUGGAAAACUACUCCAUUUUUAUCAGCAGCGAGUGGGCUCUUGUUUCUUUCAUUAAUCCCACAUCAAGAACUCCGAUUUCUUAUUCCAAUUUUGCCCCUUUGUUGUUGUUGUUUUGAUUUGACCCAGAAAUGGGUCUCGCCUUACUUGAUUUACGUAUGGUAUGUGUUCAAUUUGCUCAUGUCCAUAUUGAUGGGAGUGUUCCAUCAAGGUGGAGUAGUGCCUGUUUUGAACUAUGUGCGAGAGAACAACCUCAAAGGCACACACAUUUGGUGGCAUACUUACUCUCCACCAUCUUGGAUAUUGGGAAGCCAAUCGGCACAGACUAUAGCUCUUGAUGAACUAGAUGCAGGUAACAAAGACUUCACUUUAGUUGAUGCGAUGGGCAUAGACAUAAAACAGGUGGAAGCAUCAAUGCAACGAAAACAAGAACCUGUAUAUUUGAUAACUCCAAUUGCUUCGUUUCAAAAAUUUGAUGCUACUAAAUUCAGACCCAUUUACAACUACACGUAUCACAUUGAUUUGGAUCAUUUGGACUUGAACAACUUUCAUUUAGGUUUGGGAGUCUAUCAGUUGAUAAUAUAA